AUGUUUCAAAGUCGCGCCACAGUUGCAGCUCGCGCUGCCCGCUCGGUAGCUUCGCAGUACAGGGGUCUAGCGACCGCGUCCCCUGUGGGUACUGCCCGAAGCCACAAGGUUGUGGUUGUCGGUGGUGGUACUGCUGGUCUCUCCAUCAGCCACCAGCUUCUGCACUCUGGCAAGUUCGCGCAAGAUGACAUUGCUGUAAUUGACCCUGCCGAAUGGCACCACUACCAACCCGGUUGGACACUAGUUGGUGGUGGUCUCAAGAAUAAAGAGGACCUGCGCAAGCCAAUGGCUAGCUUGAUUGAUCCCAAGUUCAAAUUCUACAACCAGGGUGUUGGCGCAUUCACUCCUACUGAAAAUUCUCUGACCCUUGAGAAUGGCGACAAGCUCAACUACGAGCACCUCGUUGUGGUCCCCGGUAUCAGCAUCAACUACGGUCAAAUCAAGGGUCUGCCUGAAGCUCUUGCAGACCGUCACUCUACUGUCUCCUCUAUCUACGGUUACAACACCUGUGAUAAGGCUUUCCGCACUUUUGAGAACUUCCGCGAAGGAAAUGCCAUUUUCACCCAGCCCGCAGGUGUCAUCAAGUGCGCCGGCGCUCCCCAAAAGGUCAUGUGGCUUGCGUUGGACCUCUGGAAAAAAGCCGGGCUUUACAACCCAACCAACCCCGCCUCCUCACCCGUAAAGAUCAGCUACGCUACCGGUCUCCCCGUGAUGUUUGGUGUACCCAAGUACAACGCCAUUCUCGAGCAGAUGCGUAAGGACCGCGGUGUCGAGGGCCUGUUCCAACACGAUCUCCUGGCUAUUGACGGCAAGGCCGCCGUCUUCUCCUCUCCCAAUGGAGAAGUUACUAGGGAAUUUGACCUGCUCCACGUUUCCCCCAAGAUGGGCGCCCAUGCGUUCGUCAAGAACAGCCCUCUGGCCAACGAGGCUGGAAUGGUCGAUGUCCACGACAACACCACUCAACACAAAAAGUUCCCCAACGUCUGGUCUGCCGGUGAUGCUUCAAGUUUGCCUACCUCCAAGACUGCCGCUGCUGUUACCUCCGAGGCGCCCGUCCUCGUCCGCAAUCUUCUUCAGACCAUGGAGGGCAAGGACCUUGAUGCCUCCUACGAUGGAUACACCUCGUGCCCACUUUUGACCGAGUACGGCAAGGUCCUCCUUGCUGAGUUCAAGUAUGGUGGUGAGCCCAAGGAGACCUUCGGUAAUUGGUUCGGCAUUGACCAAGGUGAGCCCCGUCGCUCGUUCUGGCACCUCAAGAAGGACUUCUUCCCUUGGGUGUACGCCAACUACAUGAUCAAGGGUAACUGGGGUGGACCCAAGGGCUGGCUCUAG